AUGUUUUUACAUUGCAAAUUGUUUAAAUUUCGACUUUUGUUAAUAUUACCUUUAUUUAUUUAUUUUUUACGUUUUGCCCUUUUUUCCGCAUUGAAAAGCGGGGGUGCAGAUAGAAUGCCAUCAAAACGGGCCGCAAGGGUUCAAAAGCUUCACGAAGGAACAGGGGAUGACAAUCUUCCAGUUUUUUCUAUUUUUAUUGAGAAGGAAGGAGAGGGUCAAUAUGGCCGAAUUGAUAUAGAGAUUUUUGUGAAUAAGGUUCCCAAAUCUUGCGAGAUUUUUUUGCACAGUUGUCCAGCCGCAUUAACUGGGGAUAAAAGAGUUAGUAAACUAAGCUUGGUCAGACAACACCGUUUUCUUCGUCUUACUAACGAAGGCCUUCAAGUAGGUGAACGUCCGGUAUCCCGGUUGGUUUCCCUCUCUGAUAUUGAGAAUGAAAUAGGACGUGUAAAUCACGGAAUUGGAGUUGUUUCACUCUGUCGCUCAUCUAAUACUUUUGAUGAGUCCUUUUUUUUUUGUCUAACUGAUAAUCGUACUGAACUUGAAUCUUUAGACAAAAGGCAUACCGCGUUUGGAAGAGUGGUUUAUGGGUUGGAGUUGCUCUUUCUAAUACGAGAUGCUCUCAUACCCUAUGUAAAAGAAGGUUGUGUCAUUGAGGGAAGCCCUUAUGCAAUUUCAGAUAUUUUACCGAAGGCAGCUACGUAG